UGCAUCCCUCUCGUCACCUCCCACCACCCUCGGAAACCCUCGGAAACCCUCCAAUCCCAAACCCUAACCCUAAAACCUCCCAAUCCCUCUCCUCCCAUCCCCUGCGCCCUCAUCCUUCUCCCGCACCAGGCGAAGAAGCAAAACCCCCCCUCGACGUAAUCUUCCCGGAGCCGGAGCAAUCUCUCAAAUCUGCAGGCAUGUUUUGUCUCAGCGAAAUAGAGCAUGAUUUGCCCAUACCUCCUUGCUUGCUUAACCGUCCUCUAAUCAGCGCAAUCAAGGAAGAACUCGAAAGAUUAUUCUUAGACAAGGUUAUUGCAAAUUUGGGGCUUUGCAUCUCAAUUUAUGAUGUUCAUUCCGUUGAAGGUGGCUUCAUCUUUCCAGGAGACGGCUCUGCGAUGUAUAAAGUUAAAUUUAGAAUGGUGGUAUUUCGACCCUUCAUCGGGGAAAUUCUCAUGGGAAAGAUUGAAUCAUCUGAUGAAGAUUGUCUGCGCUUGUCUCUUGGGUUCUUUAAUGACAUAUAUAUUCCUGAGCAUCGAAUUGCGCGGCCAUGUAAAAGGGGAGAUGAUGGCAUUUGGGUAUGGCUUUAUGAGGGUGAAGAACUUCCUCUAGAUAUAGGUGAAGAGGUACGCUUUCGAGUACUUAGUAUAAAAUAUCCACCUGUCCCAAAUGAGCAGAAGGAAGAUGCAAAGCCAUUUGCUCCAAUGGAGAUUAUUGGAGAGACCUCUGGAGAUGGUUUGGGUCUCCCUUCUUGGUGGGGAGAUUAAAUGAAGCUGCAAUCGGCGAACUCUUCGAUAAUCUACCGCUAUAGCCGUAUCGAAAAUACGACAUUGCUAGAGCUCGUGUGCAUCGAUUAGUCUCAAUUCACUUACACUACAGUAUUUCAUGAUCAAAGUGGUUCUACUCUUUUGUUUUAGAUUUGUUAGCUCUGUGCUGUUUGUUUUGUGACAUUUUCUCAUGUGGAGCUUAUUGUAAAGCAAAAUUGGAUAUGAUCUAAUGUAGAGAAAAACCCAAAAAAAGAAAUUUUUUGAAAAUUGGUUUGUA